AUGGGUUCCAAAAGAAAACAAAAGGAGAAGCAAAAGGAUUUCAAGAAAGCCAAGUUGAAGGUCGGAAAGACGGCAAAGAAACCCGACAAUUAUACUGAUACAUCUUUCAAAGCAAAAACAAUUUCACUUCCUGGCCAGUCAAUAUCUAUAGUCCACGGUUCAAAAGAUUUCACGCAUCAACUUUCGUUACUCAAACACCAUUCCUCGACUACUAGAAAGGAAGUGGUUAUCAACAUUACUCAAAAUCUUCCCUCAAAUCCUGCUGCAUAUAAACUGAUUAUUUCUGCUGCCGUGCCUUUAAUCCUUGAUGAAUCGAAACUGGUGCGAACAGAAGUAAUGAAUUUGCUCAAGGAGAUUGGUAGGAAACAACCAGGAUUGCUUGAUUUGCAUAAGCGAAGCAUUGUUUUAUUCAUAAUUUCAGCAAUGACUCAUAUCCAACCAGACAUACGAAAUACAAGUACUAAAUUUCUUGCAACGCUUUUGGAGUAUUCCGACUUGAAACUGUAUUUUGUGAAAAUUUUGAAGAAUUUUUUCAUAUUGAUGAGUUGGUCCUUGUUGGAUGACAAUAAAUCAAAAGGUGUUUCCAUCACGACAAAUUCAACUAUUUUAUUGGGUCCCAAUACUAAGAAAGCCAGAAUCGACCAUCUUCGUGUUCUUGUUCAAUUUUUAAAAAAGAACUUGCUAGAUGAUUCGGAACAAGGGUUAGUUGAUGCUGAUUUUAGUCGAAUAUACACCCACCCACAAACGUACAAAUAUUUAAUUCCUACCACCCCACAGGCGUUUCUGGCGCUUAAUCUUUUUGGUAGAGAAAUCAAGAGUGAUCUUUCUGCAACCGGUUCAAUUGCAAUUCAGAAUUUAGAUACAAUGACCACUGAAGACAUAGAGACAAGGUUGAAUAUCAUGAAUGAUAUUUUCAAAGAUCGAAUGAUUCUUAACUUGAAAGGUCUAUGCAAAGAAGGUGGUGAAGUUGGAAGAGAGGCUUCCACUUGUAUAGAUAUACUAGAAGGUAUAAGUGUAAAGUAA